UCCAAUUAAUCCUAAAGAAUAGGGUACACUAGCACCGGACUAAAAAAGACUUAAACCCUGAGCUUCGGAAAAGCCGGCGAGAAGGCGCCUCCUCCCUGUCGAAUUUCCAAAAAAACUAACAAAUCCAGCUUCGUAAUCAAUCGUCCACUACAUCUUCGAAAAAAAACUUAAACCCUGAGCUUCGGGAAAGCCGGUGAGAAGGCGCCUCCUCCCCAUCGAAUUUCCAAAAAAGGCAACAAAUUCAGCUUCGCAAUCAAUCGUCGACGACAUCUUCGUCGUGGUGUUGGAUGGCUGUUGAAUCUGAAUCGCAGAACAAGAGCUGCUGCUAUUCGAUGAUUGGAGGGGGAGAUUUAUACGGAUUGAUGAUGGUGGUACCCAAGGACCUGCUGCUUCUCCACAACCACCUUUCCGAUGCCACUGCUGCUGCUACAGCAUCAUUCUCUGCAUCCUCCACCACCACCGCUGCCAACAAUACCACCACCACCACUCGCCCUCUUCAUCAGCAUCAGCUGCUGUUGGAUUUCCGAUUCCGCCCUCCGACUCUAUCUCUACCUCAUCUCCAACUCCCACGCCUCCAUGAGUUUUUCCGGAGUCGAGAAGUUGCGGAGUUUCUUAGCGGUGCUUUGGCCGGAGCUAUGACCAAAGCCGUUCUUGCUCCUCUCGAGACCAUCAGGACCAGAAUGGUAGUUGGCAUUGGUUCAAAGAACAUCUGUGGCAGUUUUAUUCAAGUCAUCGAACAGCAAGGUUGGCAGGGACUAUGGGCUGGAAACACAAUUAACAUGCUGCGCAUAAUACCUACUCAGGCAAUUGAGCUUGGAACUUUUGAAUGUGUCAAGCGAGCAAUGAGUUCAGCACAAGAGAAAUGGAUUCAAAAUGAUUGCUCAAAAGUGUAUAUUGGUAAUCUGAGUUUGAACCUUUCUUUCUCCUGGCUCUCGCCAGUUGCUGUGGCUGGUGCUGCUGCUGGAGUUGUGAGCACACUUGCUUGUCAUCCACUCGAAGUGUUAAAGGACCGGUUGACCAUAUCUCCAGAAAUUUAUCCCAAUCUGUCCAUUGCUGUUCGCAAGAUGUACAAGGAUGGUGGUCUUGGUGCUUUAUAUGCUGGUAUAUCACCUACGUUGAUUGGCAUGCUCCCAUAUAGCACGUGCUUCUAUUUCAUGUAUGAUACCAUGAAGAAGUCUUACUGCUUGGCAAACAAAAAAGAAUCCUUGAAUCGUGCUGAGAUGCUUUUGCUUGGAGCUCUCUCAGGUUUAACAGCCAGCACAAUCAGUUAUCCUCUAGAAGUGGCAAGAAAACGGCUAAUGGUGGGAGCUUUACAAGGUAAAUGCCCACCACAUAUGGCAGCCGCACUUUCAGAAGUCAUCAAGGAGGGGGGAUUGAGGGGCCUUUACAGAGGUUGGGGUGCAAGUUGUUUAAAAGUCAUGCCAUCCUCUGGCAUCACCUGGAUGUUUUAUGAAGCCUGGAAGGAUGUACUACUUGGUUCAAGGUGAGAGCGACUAACCCUGUGGAGGUUGGCAUGCUUCUAGGGUUCCACAUGUCACAGUCCACCAUGGGGCAACAGAAGUUACACAACAGACUACUGCUUGAUUGUCCAGGAAAGGAGCUACACUGAAGUAGAAGUUGUCCGAAAAACUGGCUGUUGCUCACAACGGACCGACUAUCGCUUAACUGUUGGUGCAAUUUUGGGUGUGCGCCAGAGCCUAGAGGGAACUUUUUUUUUUUUUUUUUUUGAAGAUAAAUACAUCUGAUUAACUGUAUGAUUACAUCAUGUCAAUUAUUUCGUGUUUCUGAAACUUUAGAUCUUUGACAUGUGCUCAGCUUGUUUGCAUAAGAAAUUUGAGCGAUUUUUGUCGGGGGUUAGGAGAAAGACGCAAGUUCAUAAUUACUCUCAAGGAAGAACCCGUGUAACACCAGGAUUUGGAAUGGAAUGCUAGUUCUAGUUAUGCAGCA